AUGAGCCUCGAACCCUCAUCCCAAGAACCCUCUUUCGCCCCCGGAGCCACGCCAACAACUCCGGGCCGUAAUGCCUUCCUCUCUCCUCCCAGGACGAGGAGGGAAAGGAGAAACCCCUCCGUCACGCCAAGGAGAUUUGCCCGUUUCUUUGGUCCCAUGCUCCCAGGCACCUCCUCCGCGGCGGGCCGUGGCCGCUCAGCUUUGAAUGAAGUAGGCGGCUUCGUAGCAAAUCGGCAAACUCCAAGAGUCAAGAGGAAGCUCUUCGACUCGGACUCUCUCUCUCUCCCACCAGUCUUGUCCGACCCGGAGCCUUUGACGAAACGGUCGCGAGUUCAAGCCAGCAGCUCGCAGCACCCUUUUAGUGACGAGAAUAUCCCCACCUUCUCACAUCGCCUCGCCGGCGGCGAGUAUACGCCCCAGGAAGACAAUCUUCCCUCCUCGCCUUGGGCUCGCCGAGAGGCCUUGAUGAAGUCUCUGAAUCACCGUCAUCUCCACCCCUUGGACGCCGACUCCGACAAUAACGAUGUCAUGGAUAUGGAGGAGCCCGCACCACCUCCCCAGCCCAUCAAGCGGUUUCGCCCCUCCAACUUCCACGACCGCCUAGUCGCUCGCGAGUUCGGCUACUCUACUCGGGCCCCCUUUAGCGCCUACCAGCACCCAGUCCCCGAUACCCACCCCGAUCUAGCCUCUUUCUGCAGCAAGAGCAACGAUACGGUUCAGUGCACGAGCUUUAAGAACGGUAGUAAUCUGAUCCCCUUUAGCUUGGCCACCACGAGCCACCAAGGAACGGUGGUCACGGCCGUCGGCGACGAGGAAGGCUACGUCCGCUUCAUCACCCGCAAGGAUGAUGGCGAGCUGGCACCCAAGUACUUUUGGCAAGCCCACGCCAACGCCAUCAUGGACCUGGACUGGUCGCCUUCCGGAACCCACAUCGCCACCGCCGCUGGUGACCGGAGCGCGCGGGUUCUCGACGUCAACUCCCAGACCCUGCUGUUCAACCUCACCGGCGGCCACGACAGCUGCCUAAGACAGGUCAAAUUCCAGCCCGGCAACGUUGGCGGGCACAUCCUGGCCACCUCGGACAGGACAUCUCGGAUCCAAAUCUGGGACACGAGAUACAAGAAAUCGGUCAGCAAGAUCCCCGAAGAGGUUUUUGUCCAGCCCGACGGCACGGUCCUCUCCGAGUCGACGUCCUCGUGCUUCGGCGAACCCAUUAACACCGUCUGGUCCGGCCACUACCGCAAGCACGACUCGAACCUAGCUUCCGUCACUUCGCUCCAGGACGACAAGCCCAAGCCCCUCGCCUACACGGCUCAACCCAUGGACCACAUCCGCCGCCCCUACGGCAUCACCUCCAUGGCCCUCAACACGGACGCUUCUCGCCUCUACGCCGUUUGCAAGAACGGCACCGUCUACGCCUACUCCACGAGCCACCUCAUCCUCGGCCACGGUCCCGAGCUGGCCACCCUCGAGACCCCCGCCCCCGAAACGGCCGCAACAUCCAGGGCCUCGCCCCCAUCUACGGCUUCCGCCACGACCGUCUCAAGAUGCUGGCCGUCGGUAGCUCCGACAACUGCCCCGUCCUCUUCCCCACCGAUGAACGCGCCAUCCGCGCCCGCUGGCCCCUCGACGCCGCCAACUCCUCCGCCGCAAGCUUCUCCUCCUCCUUUCGCAGGCUCCCGACUCCCUUAUGCCUCCGCCUUCCUCCCAGUCAUCCGACCUCUCCUCCCCGCGGCCCGCACUCCCGUCGUCCGCAACGGCGUCGCCCUCGUCGAGGGUACUUCCCGCGAGGUCAGCUCCGUCAAGUGGACAGCCGAUGGCCAGCUCGUCUCCAUCUCGGACGACUACUCGGUGCGCUUCUGGUCCGCAGACGCCGACAAGGCCCGCUUCCUGAGGAACUGCGGCGAUUUCGGCGGGGAGAGGUUCAACGCCGGGUGGGCCGACGUUGUCGAUACCCCUUACGAUGAGUGA